AUGCGUUGGUCGGGCAUCACCAACUGUGUCAAAGGAGAAGAUGAGAUCCUGGGAACACUGGCAGCCAGUAUUACCCCUAGAUCAGAAGUGGAUAAGGCGUUGAUCUCAAUUGCCCCCAAAAAGGAGCCAAGGCGUACGAUCCACGCUCCGAUCCCCACUAUCGAACGAGAGGAGGAGCUAUAUGUCGUUAGUUUCGAUGGGUCGGCCCGUGUCAAGAGAGGUGGAGGCGCCUACAGCGCGAUCUUGUGGAAGCUACCCGAAUGGAGAGUGCUGAGAGCUAGAUCAGGGUAUGCUGAAGGCUUGACGGUGAAUGAAGCGGAACACCAUGGUAUGCUACUAUGUCUGGAUCUGUGA